AUGCCUGUGUCCACGAGUGCCCAGCCCGAUGCCCCCGAAACCGAUUGGGGAAGCGCGCUGGAGCCGGUGCUUGUCGCAGCGGGCAUUGUACUGGACGGGGCUCCGGUGCUGCCGAGCCGACCAGCUACAGCAAACGAGUGGCAAAGCCUGAUGGUGCCGAGCUCGAUCAACAAGUUGGCCGUGAAGCGCUACGAGGGGAAAAAGUACGCUACUUUCUCGCCGGAGGCUAUCUCACUCGUCGGAGCGGAUGUAUCUUUCGGUUCGGAACACGACAAGUUUACGAACACGGGGCGUCUUAACGAGUUGGGUUUUAUGAUGAAGAAAACCGAAAAUCGACUGGUGAAGACUAUGCUUCAUGCGCAUGGCUUUAUGCAGUGUUCUCCGAAGAGUCGCUCGUUCAACUUGUUUUGGUCUAGUGGUCACGUUCCGCCUGAAAAACUUCGCGACUUGCAGCCAUGGCAACGCGUGAAUCAUUUUCCUCGUUCCUUCCUGAUCACGUACAAGCAUUACCUUUAUGACAACAUUUCGCUGAUGAGGAGGCAAUUCGGGGAAGCUUACGAUUUUAUCCCCGAAUACUACGUUACCCCGCGUGACUAUGACCUACUUGUCGAAGAGCACGAGAAAAACGAGAAGCUUUCGGUGGAGCCCACGAUGUAUAUUGUCAAGCCGGUUGAUGGCUGCCAAGGGCGCGGCAUUUUCUUUACCGAUUCACCAAAUGACAUUCCGUUGGAACAGAAGAUGCUGGUUUCUAAGUACAUCGACAACCCCUUGUUGCUAGAUGGUCACAAAUUUGACCUCAGGGUGUACGUCGCCGUCACGUCCUUCAAUCCUCUCAUCUGUUAUGUCUACUCCGGAGGAAUGACGAGGCUGGCUUCCGAGAAAUACCUUCCAGACGUCGGCGAGAAAGCAGAAUUCGUUCAUCUUACCAACUAUUCUUUGAAUAAGGACAACCAGAAUUAUAUCAAGAACGACACUUUUAUGUCAGAGGAUGUUGGUCAUAAACGCACUCUUGGGGCCCUUUUGCGCAGAUUGGAGGAUGAUGGUAUCGAUUCGGAACUAUUAAUGGUCCGUAUCGAGGACUUGAUCAUCAAGACGUUGCUUUCGGGGCAAGACCAUAUUGCCACAUGGGCCAAGAACACCUUCAUCUCGCCGGACAAUGCCUUCCAGUUGUAUGGCUUCGACAUUUUGGUGGAUGAGAAUCUAAAGCCAUGGCUUCUUGAAGUCAAUAUUUCUCCUAGUUUGAAGUGUGACGCCCCGCUGGAUUCGGUCUUGAAGUCUAAGAUGCUCUCUGAUUUGCUUAACCUUGCCUGCAUUCCAUUGGUUAACAGGAACAGCCGAGGGCGUCAUAGUUCUCGCGAAUCUGUGGGACACCGCCAUGUCAAGAAGAAAUCCAAGCAGCCAAACUACUCUCAUGGUUCCCCGGAAUGCAUUACCUACGCAUUCAAGAAGAAAUUGGAGCUGGAAGACUCUGAGUUGAUGAAACGAUCCUCGAUUGGAGGUUAUGACAAGAUGUUGUAUGCUAGCCUCUACGGUUCGUUGGCUGCUGAAACAAAGGCUGACAGUAUGGUGCAAUGGGAGUUGAUGCGCCCUCAUUUGUUCCCAGCCAGAAAUCUGUUGAGCCAAGGUACAAGGUUGUACAUUGGCAUUUGGGCUGGGUUGGCCGUUCAAUACUCCAAUAAGAUCAACGAGGAUUUGGCCAUUAACGUUCAUAUCCCUUCGGUGCGCGCCUCCUGUCGCUUGAGGACUGACAGCUACGCGGCCUAUGCCAAGAAGAAGGCUGACCUGAAGCGUGAAAAGAAAAAGGCUGUCGAAGCUGCGAAGGCUUCUACGGAAGAGAAAGAAAAUGAAGUCAAAGCAGCUGUUCCGCCGAAGUCGUCAGCCACUGAUGAGCCGCUGCAUGAACGCUGUCGC